UGUAGGCAGUAGCCAUAAGUGAAGGUUCCUACGAUUUAGAUACAGUGUGGUUCUUCUUUCUUCUUCUUUUUUCCCUGCUAGCUAAGCUUCCUUCUCCUUCUUCUUCAUUGGACCAUCCAUCAACGACUUGUAUCUUAAUUAUAACCUGUCAGAUUUGUCCCACCACCGCCACAAUCUUCCAUCUUAACUACCGUUCACGAUCCCGAUCCCGAUCUCAUUCCAUCGGAUCGGGUUGCUUGCUCCACCGGCGUUGGUCACCGUUCACGGUUGCCGCAUGUUCCUUCUUCAUCUCUUUCUCCGCUGUAAUACUGAAAACUCAAAGCAACCCGUGAAGAAUUAUUCGUUGCACAAACGAAUAUGGCUGAUGUAACUCCAAGCUCAGUGGUGAGCCCUGGUAGCACAUUCGAUUUGGGAGCCUUUGUUGGAGACUUAAAUGUUGAAGACGAUCUAGGAAGUGAUGAUGUGUCGCUGGAAGGGCUUCAACAGGAGCUUGAAGAAUGUAAGAAUGAUGAAGUUGUUGCAAACAUACUAUCCAAAGGCACAAAACUUAGGGAUUAUACAAAAGGAGUUGAAAAUGAUUUGCGCAAAGUCGAAUUGGAUUCAAUUCAGGAUUAUAUUAAAGAAAGUGAUAAUUUAGUCUCUCUUCAUGAUCAAAUUCGUGAUUGCGAUAGUAUUUUGUCACAUAUGGAAACUCUUCUAAGUGGAUUUCAGGCUGAGAUUGGUUCCAUUAGUUCAGACAUUAAGAUUCUACAGGAGAAGUCUAUGGAUAUGGGUUUGCGCUUGAAGAAUCGCAAGGUGGCUGAAUCCAAAUUGGCUAAGUUCGUCGAGGACAUUAUUGUCCCUCCAAGGAUGGUGGACAUUCUUGUUGAUGGAGAGGUCAAUGAGGAAUAUCUGAGAACACUUGAGACUCUGAGUAAGAAACUAAAGUUUGUAGAAGUGGAUCCCAUGGUUAAAGCUUCAAAAGCUCUAAAAGAUGUUCAACCUGAGCUUGAAAAACUCCGGCAGAAAGCAGUUUCUAAGGUGUUUGACUUCAUUGUACAGAAACUCUAUGCGUUGAGAAAACCCAAAACAAAUAUCCAAAUACUUCAACAAAAUGUCCUUUUAAAGUACAAAUAUGUCAUUACUUUCCUCAAGGAACAUGGCAAGGAAAUAUAUAAUGAAGUUCGAGCAGCUUACAUUGAUACGAUGAACAAGGUUCUCAGUGCUCAUUUCCGUGCUUAUAUACAAGCUCUGGAGAAACUACAGCUGGAUAUAGCAACAGCGGAGGAUUUAAUUGGUGUAGAGACCAGAAGCAGUGGUCUUUUCACAAGAGCAAGAGAACCGCUAAAGAAUCGUUCUGCUGUUUUUGCUCUUGGGGACAGGAUCAAUAUAAUAAAGGGAAUUGAGGAGCCUGCUUUGAUUCCUCAUAUUGCUGAAGCUAGUUCUCUUAAAUAUCCGUAUGAGGUUCUUUUCAGGAGCUUGCAGAAGCUGCUUAUGGAUACUGCUACUUCAGAGUAUAAUUUCUGUGAAGAUUUCUUUGGAGAAGAAAAUGUAUUUUAUGAAAUCUUUUCAGGUCCUUUCAGUGUCAUUGAUGAGCACGUCAAUACAAUUCUUCCAAACUGCUAUGAUGCUAUAGGAUUAAUGCUUAUGAUUCUUAUAAUUCGGCAGCAUCAGCUCAUCAUGUCUCGGAGGCGAAUUCCAUGUUUGGAUUCUUAUUUAGACAAGGUUAAUAUUUCUCUAUGGCCUCGAUUUAAGAUGGUAUUUGACAUGCACCUCAGCAGCCUGCGUAAUGCUAAUGUGAGGACUUUGUGGGAAGAUGAUGUUCAUCCUCACUAUGUCAUGAGGCGUUAUGCUGAGUUCACUGCCUCGCUUAUCCACUUAAACACCGAGUAUGGAGAUGGUCAGCUCGAGUUGAAUUUGGAACGGCUUAGAAUGGCUGUUGAUGACUUAAUAAUCAAGCUUGCCAAGAACUUUCCAAAGCCAAAACUGCAGACAGUGUUUCUUAUAAACAAUUAUGAUAUGACAAUUGCUGUUCUGAAGGAAGCAGGUCCUGAAGGUGGGAAAAUUCAAAUGCACUUUGAGGAGCUACUAAAGAGCAACACAACAUUAUUUGUGGAAGAACUGCUACAAGAGCAUUUUAAUGAUUUAAUCAAGUUUGUAAAAUCCAGAGCCUCGGAGGACUCAACGUCCAGUAAUGAUAAGCCGAUAACCGUGGCUGAAGUCGAACCACUGGUGAAGGAUUUUGCGAGCAGGUGGAAGGCUGCUAUAGAGCUUAUGCACAAAGACGUGAUAACUUCUUUCAGCAACUUCUUGUGUGGUAUGGAGAUCUUAAGGGCCGCAUUGACCCAAUUGUUGCUUUAUUACACCAGACUCUCUGAUUGCAUCAAGAGGAUAGUUGGUGGUUCUGCAUUGAACAAGGAUCUUGUUUCCAUUUCUUCAAUCAUGUAUGAAAUCAGGAAAUACUCAAGGACUUUCUAAUUCCCAACCCAUGAUGUUCGGUUUAUAUAUUAUGUAAAAGAAAGAAAAUUUUCCCUUUUCUAUUUUGAAAAUGAGAUGCUUUUAAGUUUUUGUACUUCAGGGUACAUUUAUAGGUCCUGGAAUUAGUAACUAGGUGCUAUGAUUAUUGAAUUACAUUAACUCACAAAUGCAGACAUGUACAAAUUCAUGCAAUAGAUGUGUAUCAGUAUGACAAGUUGCGAAGUGCGAACAAUGAAGGCUUUAAAGUUCUUUA